GUUUAAAGGCCCCCAUUUGCCAACGGCUCAUUUCUUUGUACUCUAACUUCCGGACCCUCCUCGCCUUCAUCUUCAUCAUCAUCAAUAACCUAAUUAAGAGCACUAACUACUAACUAGGAGAGUUAAAUGAUCUUUAAUUGUCACCUACAUAAAAUUCCAAACCUUAUUAGAAGCUUCUUCUAGAGUCUAGACCCUCAACAUACUACUUGUCUUCCCUAAUUUUACACAGGGUUUUAUAUUCUUUCUUAUUCAAACACGUUUCCAAGUUAGAAGAUGAGCACAGAACAGUUUUGUUUCUUUUACUAGUCGUCGGAAGAAAACCUUAGUAAAAAAUAGAUAAACAAAAACAAAACACAGUUGCACUGAGUUUCUGUUUCUUUUAUCGUUACUCUGUUUUUAGCUGAAACAAAGUGUCUUCAGUUACUAAACAAACGAACUUUUCUUUCUAUUUUAUUUCCUAAGAUCCGAUCAAAGAUGGGUCUUUACGUAGAAUGUCUUCGUCUUUGUGAUCGUUGACGAAGAGACAUGGCAGCGUCUUCUCAGGUAGAGAUCGCGUCUCUGCGAUCUAACUUCGGGUGUCUCCUCAGAGAUAACAACCGAAGAAACAACAACGAUGACGUCAUUGUCAAGAAGAAUCUGAACGCACAAGUGAAAUCUCCAGUUAUCUCCGACAAGAACUCGCAGAACAGAGUCGGUUCUUGGAAAGGAAACAAGCCGAGAAAGAAGAACAAAAGCCGUCUUGGAUCGCCGGAGAAACAACGUAACCACUUUUCCGACAGGACUAAACCUUUGAAGAGAGGAGCUUCUUCUCUCGUGCAGAUAUGGGAGGCACGGCUGAGUCCAUCCAACGGCGGAAACUCGCCGAUCCACGGCCAAGAAACAGAGAGAAGUGUUGGAGCGAGCGUUCGUGAAGAAACCAACCUUUCGGCUCCCUCCAUCGACGGCGAAUCUGAAUCGGAGAACGAGUCGAGGGAUCAUGAUCCAACGGUGGAGAUCGAAUCCGAGACUCUCCACUCGGUUCCUGACUCGGGAGAGAGCAAAUGGGGAAGAGUCGCUGAGAUUAUCCGGAGACUGAAGCUCACCGCCGGCGACAAUGUCGGUGCAGUUGCGAAAACUUAUUUGCCGGAGAAAAGUAUUUUUCCGGUGGUUUCUUCGCCGCGACUCCGAGGACGGCAAGCGUUCUCCGAUUUGCUUGCGCGUCUGGAACGGGACCGUCACCUGGAACUGGAUUCGCUUCUUGAACGCAACGCAGUUUCUAAAUUUCCUCAACGCGGUCGCCUCCAGUCAAUGUUGCGGCUAAGGAGUCUCAAACGCGGCCUAGUGAUUCAAGAUCGUCAUCGGUCUAGCGCAAAAUCACCUGAUUUGAAUCGCCUGGAACAUGGCCCUACAGUUCUCCACCUAAGGGAAAGAUUUGGGGCAAACGCUACUUCUUCUACGGAGCGGUCAAGCCUUCCAAACCGCAAGACAGAGGAGGCAAUGCUAUGUAAGAAAGAAACUGAAUCAAAUUUGAGUUGCCUUCAUAUGCAAGAAAUCAUAUUACCAGAAGCCUUGAGCAGAAAUUCUGAUAACAAUAGCCCCAGCACCAGCGUGACUCAUCGAGAAUCACAGAUUAUGGAGAACAUGGUAGAAAGCGGUACGCAGGGGAGUCAAGAAACACCAUUCCUUGAGAAACAAGAAACCUCAUAUAUAUGGGAAGAGGAAGAAGAGUGUGAGAAUGAACAGUCUUGUUAUGGAGAAAUGAGCUACGAUUGGUUUACAGAAAUAUCUCGGCCUCGGACUUACUGGGAAGAUCUGAGGCAAUCGCGGUAUCUACAAGUGAUGAACUCCCGAUCUGACAAAGAUGAUAUAUGCAGACUCCUUGAGAGAAGAACGGUUUCUGAUUUCCUUCAGAGCGGAUUGCGAGAGAAGAUCGAUAAGUUCAUAAUGUCCCGUGUACAGACACAUCCUAUUCAGCGUAUUCACCAAGCUGGUAAAGAGGAACAAAACUGUGACGUAAGCGAAGAAGAAGAUGACUUGAGCCAGACGUCAUCGCAGCUAUUUGCAUCAUCACCGGCAGGUUCAUGGAGUUCUCAGGAUACAGGAGUUACUUCCACUCCUGACUUAUUACCUUUGCACAACCUUCAGACAAAUGAGAUGGAGAUUAUAAGCGAAAUGAGAUCACAGAUCUUACACCUACAGCUAGAAAUGUCGGAGCUACGAGACUCUGUCAAAACGUGUUUGGACGUAAACGCUAGCCUUCAAAAGUCAAUUCACCGUGAAAAUCCACUGAAACGUAAAUGCUGCGUUUGUAACGAGACGCAAGUUGAUACACUUCUAUACAGGUGCGGCCACAUGUGCACAUGCCUUAGAUGCGCAAACGAACUACAAUGUAAUGGCGGCAAGUGUCCGAUUUGUUAUGCUAAGAUCCUUGACGUUGUCCGUGUCUUCGUCGAUUCAAGGACCUAAAUAUUAAUAAAACCAACGGUUCAAAACGCUAACGAUACUUCACUUAACCUUACAAACGUUUUCUUUUGUUUUAUGACUUUUUUUCCUUCCGUUGUUUGCUUUUAAGCUAGACUGUAGCGCGUUUGCGUUUUGGAUCUGCGUCCAAGAUUCAUAUCUAUGCUCUUUAUAGGUGGAA